AUGCCUCGAGCAGAAGCAGGCAGCAUCAAAGCCGUAUCGAACAGCAUCAAAGCCAAAGGAUUGACCAAGCUACGUUUCUACUGUCAAAUUUGCUCCAAAGCUUGCAGAGACGAGAAUGGCUACAAGAAUCACAUCGAAAGCGAGAGCCAUCUGAGACAGAUUGCGGCGAUUGGAGGAGGAAGCAAUGCGGCAAAGACCAUCGAUCGAUUCUCGGAUCAAUUCCAAAAGGAAUUUGUGGCGCUGCUGAGUAGGAGGUGAGUGUGGUGCGCCGUUUGGUUCGGCGCGUCGGUCGUGUCGCGUUGGAAUGUGGAAGAGAUCACAUGCUUGGCUGACAGCGCUUCACCUUCACUCGUGGUGCGAAUGUAUGCGCUGCAUUUGCAGAUUCGGCACGCGCAGAGUUCGAGCGAAUCAAGUGUAUCAGGAGUACAUUCAAGAGCGACAUCAUCUUCACAUGAACGCGACGCAGUGGCAAUCCUUGUCGCAAUUUGUAAAGCAUCUGGGAAGGGAAGGCAUUGUGAGAGCAGAAGAAAACGAAAAAGGCUGGUGGAUAGAGUGGGUGGAUAAUUCGCCGGCUGCAUUGGCUAGACAGGAUGCCCUGCUGAAGAUGAACAGGGCCAAGGUGGAUGAGGAGACGAGGGAGAGGAAGUUUUUGAAGGAGCAAAUCGAGAGGGCUAGAGCGGGUGGUGGAGGUGGAGAAGAGGAGGCGAAAGAUGCGGAGCAGAAGCAACAGCAAGCCGAUAGUGGCAGACUGGAGCUCCAAAGAGAUGGAAAUGCGCCCAUCAAGAUUGCAAUCGGCCUGAGAGCCAAGGUGGCGGAAGGAGAAGCAGACAGUGAGCCCGAUGCACCCAGCGCUAAUCAAUCGGUCGACAGCGGCUCCAGUUCCAAUGCGCCAGCAGGCACAUCGGUCAGCUCGACCUCGGCAGCCAAGCCGUUCAAGCUAG